AUGUUUUCUAAUCAAAUCACUUACGCAACUGGCGCUAAUCCAGUUGCAAUAACAUUAUUCGAUGUAAAUAAUGAUAGCGCACCGGAUAUUAUUGUCGCAAACCAGAACGACCACAGUAUCGGUAUUCUUCUUAACGCCGGCAAUGGCAUAUUCCAUUCUCAGAUUACUUUUCCCACUGAUUCUGGCCCGGCUGCAGUAAAAGUGGCCGAUGUGAAUAACGACAGCAAACCCGAUAUUAUUGUCACACAUUCCAGUUCAAACAACUUCGGUGUUUUUCUUAACACUGGCAAUGCUACGUUUCUACUGCAAACUACUUAUCCGACUGUCAAAGCUCCCGACUCAAUAGCAUUAGUUGAUGUGAAUAGUGACAACAAACCUGAUAUUAUUGUCGCAUACCCUCUUGGACACAACGUUGACGUUUUCCUAGGCACUGAUAAUGGUACGUUUCUGUCUCAAGCUGCUUAUAAAACGGGGACAACACCUAAGUCACUAGUACUCAAAGAUGUCAAUAAUGACAAUAAACCUGAUAUUAUUGUCGCAAACCAGGGUUCACUCAGUGUCAGUGUUCUCCUUAACGCCGGCGAUGGUACAUUUCUUCCUCAAACUCCUUAUCAAACUCGGACAACACUUAGCUCGAUAGCAGUCAACGAUGUGAAUAGUGACAACAAACCUGAUAUUGUUGUAGCAAACCGAGGCUCACAGAGUCUCAGUGUUUUUCUUAACGUUGGCGAUGGUACAUUUUAUUCUCAAAUAGUUCAUCCAAUUGGGUCAGCACCUUUCUCAGUAGCAAUCGUCGAUGUGAAUAAUGACAACAAAUCCGAUAUUAUCGUGACAAACAAUAAUGUGAACAACGUCGGUGUCCUUCUUAACGCCGGUGACGGCACGUUUCUUCCUCAAACUACUUACUCGGCUGGUACUGCUCCUUGGGCACUUGAAGUAAUCGAUUUGAAUAGCGAUGGAAAACCUGAUAUUAUAACUACAAAUCCCCAUUCAAGCAGUGUCAGUGUUCUCUUACACUGUUGA